AUGGCCAACAAUACCGAAGGUGACAAGCCGGAGGAGACAUCAGGCCCAGACCCAAAGAUAUCCUGGAAAGCAGGUAUCAGGUGCAACUUGACCGUCUCGAACAACGACAAACCGCAUGUUGUUACCCCAUGGUGGAAUCCACCGUUUGUCCGCAUUAUCCAGUCUGCCGAGGAAGCUAUCCACGAACACGACGCCACAGAGCUAGGGACGAUAUGUCUCUACACCAACGGAAGUUCUAUUGGCGGCCACGUCGGCGUGCUAGGCAAAGAAAUGGCAGACCCAGCCGCCAAGAAGGCCGCAGGUUCUCAUGCCGAGCCACCGACAGAGCCACAACCCCCGCGGACACUCAUUGCAACCACGAAGCUCACCGUUCGCUAG